AUGAAAGUAGAUAAAGUGGGACUUCCCACACCUGUAAAUACCCACAUCAAUACUUAGCAAUGGAUUCCCCCAGUAUAACAUCCCAAAUUGAAACAGGUAUACAGCAUAUGUCAGAGUCUGUGUUUGUGGGACUGUGUCGUACUGUGGGGACAUCACAACAGGUGGCAAUGAGGAGAGAUAUGAUGGACAUUGAGGAGAUGGUGACAAAUAAAGCAAGAAAAAGUAACCAGGAGACGUCGAUGUUGAGUGGAAGUUACAGAGAAGGAUUCAGAAUGAAGGGAUCUGACAUGGAUACUAUGUAUUGGUUUAAUGAACGAGUGAUCUGGGACUUAUCUCAGACCCAGUUUUACAAUGUACAGAGACAAUCCCUGAUUCUUUCUGUCGCUUCUGAAAGUCCACCCGGAUUUACUUUACUUAAAUUACUGACACCAAGAGCAGAGAGCAGCGUUAUCUCGGCAUUAGUCACAAUUAAUGGUGGAUGGUAUAUAUCUAGUUCUAAAUACAGAGAGAUCACAUGUUCUAAUAUAAUGCCCAACUCUACAGUACAUGGUCCAUGUGGCAGUGGAGUAAUAGAGGGAGUAGAAUAUGACUAUGCUCGCUGCUUUGUUUGUGACUUCUGGCCUCCGUCUGCCUCCUCAUGGAUAGACAGAUGUCACACAUGGCCCCAGCCACAGGUUGUUAGGGACAUAGUCAGAAGUGGAUGUCACUUUGUAGCAAUAGGACACAAAUUAGGAAAUCAUGAAAGCAAUGAAUGGAGAAUUUCAUUUUCUCUGGCAGAACAAAAACUUGUGUACUCUAUGAACCACUGUCAAUUCUUAACUUAUGGUUUGCUGAAAUUGUUCUUAAAAGAAGUCAUUAACAAUGGAUUAGGUGAUGCUGAGAAAUUACUAUGUUCCUAUCACAUGAAGACAGCAGUUUUCUGGAUGAUUCAACAAAACACAAUACCUAACUGGUGUCCACAGAAUCUCCUGAAAUGUUUCUGGUACUGCUUUAAGCUCAUCCUUAAAUGGGUGUAUGAGGGAGUCUGUCCUAACUUUUUCCUUCCAGAAAACAACAUGUUUCUCAGUAAUAUCCACGGUGGAGCACAAAACAGAUUAUUUAUUAGACUGUAUGGUUUUUAUGAAAAAGGUUUAGCAUCCCUGCUAUACAGUCCCCCCCUCAGCUCCUAUAUCAUGAAUGUCCUUUAUAACCACAGACUCAGUAUUUGUAAAGAUGAACAACCUUUGGUAUCUGAGAUCGAGUUUGAUCAUGCAAUGUUCAGUGAGAUAUACACAAGUCCAAUACCCUCAUCAGGCAUCUACUUAAUUAGGAAGUACCUAAACACAGUACAACAGUUGACAGUCUCACCCCUGACACAGUAUCAAGUUGUCAUGUUACAGGUACUUACAGCCUUCUUGCUUCACAGUGCUGUUUUUACAUUACAAAACAUGUACAGUAACACCACUGAAAACAAGCUGAUGUAUAUUGAUGACAGAAUGUUCUGUCACAUGUUGAAACUCACAGCCAAGUUUGGGUGUAUUUCUGACAGGUUGUACCUUGCAAUGUAUUAUUACAAGACACUCAGAUACACAGAAGCUUCGUCUGUGAUAGAGAUGACAAAGGUCAAGUUAGAUCAGCCAUAUGUGAUGUAUAAAGUGACAGUAGACGCAGAGAGGUAUACCGAGGCUGUAGGGGGACAGUCCUGGUCUACAAAGUUAAGACAUGCUGUAGCAGAGAAUAUCAUAUUAAACAACAGUAUCAUUUAUAUCAAUGAAUUAAAGACAGAGCAGAUGGUUUCCUUACAGAACCAUAUUCCUUGCCUGCAUAUCCCGCCCCUAGUUGUGUUACACAUGCUGGAGUUCUUGUGUUACAGACAUAUUGACACAAUGAGAGCACAAACAGCUCUUAAUGAUCUACAGGUCCUAGUUCACCAUGAUCAGGGGCGGUAUGUAGAUGUGGACUUAAGAGACAUAUCAUGGCAGAUCCUGGGUAUCUGUCAACAGAUCUCAGGGAACCUCCAGGCUGCUCUAUACUCCUACCAACAAUCACUCGAACGAAAUCCAUUCAAUAAAACACAAAGUGCUACUCUAAUGAGAAUACAUGAACUCGGAUAAAUAUAGUAUUGCAUGUUAGUUUAUGUUAAUGACUGCCAUUGACUCAUCAUCAGUGACAGUCACCUAAGCCAAAUGUGAGGACUUCAAAUAUUUUACAGCUUCAGUGUUCGAAAUUGGUUUAAAACUUGGUAUAGACCACAGAUCUAUGCCAAAAUAAAAAUGACAUAGACCUCAUCGAAUUGGCAUAGACCGCAACAUUAAACAUGAAAAAAAAAACAACACAAAUUUAAAACAUUGUUAUUUACUUCUAAUGUACUUUGAAAGCAUAUUUUCCUUAUAUGCACGCUUUCCAUUUCCAUAACAAUGUACUCCUUUCAUCAUAACGUUUAUCAGACGUCAACUUUUUGGAUAACUCUAUUGCUUUAAACCUAGAAAAUCGGCAUAGACAAUUUGGUUAUCCCAAUUACAAUUAGCAUAGACUGGUGUCAUUUGACACAGACUCGGUCUAUCGGUCUAUAUGGUUAAUUUCGAACACUGCAGCUUAUGACACAAAGUUUCCUCUUGUAAUUAUGUCAAAGUUAUAUAUACAAGUCGAUAUUGGUUACAGGACAAUUAUGAAAAAUUACAAUAUACAUGUUGGAACAAACAAUGUUUCUGCUAUAUACCCCAGUAUUAUAAAUAAAAAUGAAUCAUAUAUGUUUCCUUAUUUCUCUAUAUGUAAAUCCUAACAAUGUUUCUGCUAUAUACCCUAGUAUUAUAAAUAAAAAUUAAUCACAGAUA